GAUUCUUUAUCCAGUAGUGUGUGCGUGUGAGUGUGAGACACUGAAGUUUUGGUUGUUCUGAAUUAGAGAGGAAAGUGAAGCGAGAAUAUAGUGAUGCAUCUAAACGGAACACCGUCUUCUGUAGGAUUUCACAUGCCUGCGGAGUGGGAAAGGCACUCGCAGUGUUGGAUGGGUUGGCCUGAACGCGCCGAUAAUUGGCGAGACGCUGCCGUUCACGCCCAACGUGUCUUUGCCAGGGUGGCGUCUGCGAUCUCAAGUUUCGAGCCUGUAACCGUUUGUGUUAGUUCUGCGCAGUGGGAGAAUGCGCGGAGUCAGCUACCGGAACAUGUCAGAGUCGUUGAGAUGAGCAUGAAUGAUUCUUGGUUUCGUGAUACUGGACCCACUUUUGUUGUGAGAAGAAGCACGACCGCGCUGGAAUCUGCUGAUGCGGAUCACAGGAUUGCGGGGAUUGACUGGAAUUUUAAUAGUUGGGGAGGUUUGGAAGAUGGAUGUUACAGUGAUUGGACUCUUGAUUUGCUUGUGGCUAAGAAGAUUUUGGAAAUUGAGAAGAUUCCUAGAUUUCCUCAUUCGAUGGUGCUUGAAGGUGGAAGCAUCCAUGUAGAUGGAGAAGGAACUUGUCUUACCACAGAAGAGUGCCUCUUGAACAAAAACAGGAACCCUCACUUGAGUAAGAACCAAAUAGAGGAUGAACUUAAGACAUAUCUUGGAGUCAGGAAGGUUAUAUGGUUGCCUCGUGGAUUAUACGGAGAUGAUGAUACAAAUGGUCAUAUUGAUAACAUGUGCUGUUUUGUGAGGCCUGGUGUGGUUCUGCUGUCCUGGACUGACGAUGAAACUGAUCCUCAGCAUGAAAGAUCUGUAGAAGCAUAUUCUUUGCUUUCAAGUGAAACAGAUGCUAAUGGUAGAAAGUUUGAAAUCAUUAAACUCCAUGUUCCUGGUCCACUCUAUAUGACAGAGAAAGAGGCUGCUGGGAUUUUUCAGGAUGAUGAGGCUAAGCCGAGACCUGAAGGUACUAGGCUUGCUGCUUCCUAUGUAAACUUUUACAUUGCAAAUAAAGCUAUCAUUGCACCACAAUUUGGAGAUAAAAAGUGGGAUGAUGAAGCUGUCCGAGUCCUAUCUAAGGCCUUCCCUCAUCAUGAAGUUGUGGGAAUUGAAGGUUCAAGGGAGAUUGCUUUGGCCGGUGGAAAUAUACACUGCAUUACUCAGCAACACCCAGCCAUUUGAGUGGCGGCUCUUAAUAUUUGUUGAUACGUGUUUUUUCCCCAUCGAUUACAAAAAUACUUGUUUGACUUUGUUAUGCAUGCCUUACCAUGUGUUACUAAAUGAUUAUGGCGACAAUAAAUGAAGCCAUGUGUGCGAGUGUUUUUAUAACAAAAUAAAGAACAGGUUUUGAUUCGUUAAGGACCAAAAUUAGAAUGAGGCAUAUUUGGUAGGGAUUACAAACA